GAAGAGCCGUGGGUCUCGUCCAUGGAGAGGUGAUUCCUAGCACAGCCGCCUAGUAACUAUGCGGUUGGGUGUUGGGCUGGCUCGUGCAUUCAACAAACAUUUAUGGUGGACCUACUGUGUGCCGGGACCAAACGUAGGUGCUAGAGGUCACACUUCUCUUACCCACUCCCAGGCUCUGAGCCUGAUGCCUGGUGCGUAGUAGGUGCACAGCAAUUGUUAGUGGAUGUCUUGAGUCCUCCUGGAUUUGCCCUUCGAUUCCAGCCAAAAUCAAGCUGUUUCCACUGAGGAUUUUUUUUUUUUUUAAGAUUUUAAGUAAUCUCUACACCCAAAGCGGGGCUCGAACUCACAACCCCGAGACCAAGAGUCCUAUGCUCUACUUACUGAGUCAGCCAGACACCCCUGAGGCUUUCUUUUGAGGUAACACCGUCUUUGUUGCAGAAAUGGUUAAGGAGGCUGAGGGGCCGCAGGCAGCCCUGGGCACCCUGGCCCAUGGGACAGGAGACAGCUGCCACUCGCCCACGGCCGAGGAGGAGGUGGGCAUCCCGAUACCAGCACCGGGGCUCCUGCAGGUCACAGAGAGGCGGCAGCCCCUGAGCAGCGUCUCCUCCCUGGAGGUGCACUUUGACCUCCUGGAUCUCACUGAGCUGACAGACAUGUCCGACCAGGAGCUGGCUGAGGUCUUUGCUGACUCGGACGACGAGAGCCUGGCCAGCGAGUCGCCAGCAGGCCUGCACCCACUACCCCGGUCUGGCUGUCUGCGCUCCCCCUCCUGGACGCGAACCAGGGCCGAGCAGAACCGAGAAAAGCAGCCACUUGGUGACCAGGAGCGCCAACCAGCAAUUGUGGACACAUUUCUCACCGUGGAGAGGCCCAAGGAGGACUAGGCCAGCUGGCCCCGGGGCCCAGGCAGGACAAAUCCGGACAAUACUGACCCCAUGGACACUGCCCACCCAUGUGGCUCUGGGUCAGGUUCUCGGGGUGCCCCAGCACAAGCACAGCCCAAUGGCCUUAUGUCCCCCUCCGUCCCAGUCCCUGAGUCUCGGACAACAAUGGCUGAGGACGAGGUGGGAGUGGCCUAGGCCUUUUGGAAACUUCUGUCUGCAGGAGGGGUGCUCUCAUCUGCCACAAGAAUCCCGAGGGGGUGUGGGGUGAGGGGGACCUAAGUCGGAGACAGCUUCUCUGCAAACCCCCUGAGGGCCUCAGGGUUCUGGUCUGGGAAUGGCCACACCGUGCUCCAGCCCGCGGGAUGCUCUGCUAUCCAGCCAAGUGUGUGGGUAGGGGAGUCUGUCCUGAACAAUGCCACCUUCAUUUCAGUCCCAUCCUCUUCUUGCCACCCAGGGAGCAUUGCUGGCACCAGGGCCCCCUCCUCAGGCCCUAAGACCCUGCUUGUCUUGGUCCCCGUGUGACAGCCGAGCCCACCCUCCGUGGUCCGUAACACCAAAUAAGGCACAACCGCCUCAGACUGUGUGGGUGGGCGGGGUCUGCCCUUGCCCGGGACACAGUCCGGCAUCUGUGCCCCUGCUUGGCGUCCUGGCCUGGGGUAGAGACGCCCGAGGGGGACUGGGAAUAUGAGGGGCCCUCGCACAGCCCCCAGGCCCCAACUUAAGGGCAUCAGGCUCAGCUGCUCCCGAUGCUGCUUUUUAUGAGCUAAGGGAUGAAAGAGGCUUGUGGUCUGACAGCAAAUCCAAGAACAGUUUAAAAAUAAGCACGUAAGUCUGCUUUUGGUCCCCAGGCCAACCCGCCCUGACCCGCUUCCCACCGAAACGUUUCCACGGGAGGAGAACCUGCCCUCCUAUGGAAGCCCCGGGCGUGCCCUGGGCCCGCUGUGCACAGCUAAAGGCGAGUCCCCCGCUGAGAACACAGGCCUGCUCCCUCCACGCGAGGAGGGCACCAUCCCGAAGUCCACUUAAACACAAACCCCGUCAGGGCAGCUGCAUGGCCCCCCCGCCCCCUGCGUCUUUUUCCUCCAUCUCUAGCCUUCCUGCUAUGGCUUCCGCAGAGUUUAUUUACAAACCUUGGGAUUAAAAUCUCACCUCUUCCCAAGGCCCAA